AUGGCAAGUAACUAUUCACGAUGGAUGCAUCUAGUGAGAGUAACAGCAUAUGUACAACGCUUCGUGGAUAACGUUCAGUCCAAGCGAAAGAAAAUACCACAGCGUAGCGGACCACUAACGAAUGACGAACUUCGACGGGCCCAGGAAUACCACUUUCGCCAGGCACAGCGAGAUGCUUACGCAGAGGAGCUAAGGCUGUUGGGAGGUUCUAAUAACGAGGGGGAACGAAUAACGCAGGUUACAAGUAGCAGCAAGAUUCACAGGCUGAGCCCCUUUUUGGACCCGGCAAAUCUUUUACGAAUGAACAGCAGGGCCGCGAAAUGUAUAUUCCUAUUUCCAGAUGAAAAGUACCCAAUCAUACUACCCGAUGAUCAUCCCGUCACUCAUUUGGUGCUCGCCGAUUUUCAUGAAAGGUAUCAUCACCGAAACUAUGUUACGGUUGCGAAUGAAGUUCGCCAAAGAUUUUGUAUUCCACGUUUGAGACGAACGCUUCGUAAGAUGAGACACAGGUGUCAAUGGUGUCGGAACCGCGAUGUAAGUCCGGUGCCACCAGAAAUGGCUGAGCUUCCUCAAGCCAGGUUGGCUGCGUUCAGCAGACCAUUCUCUCACGUUGGAGUAGAUUUUUUCGGGCCGAUUGAAGUCAUUGCGGGUCGCAAAGUAGAAAAGCGUUGGGGUGUCCUGAUGACGUGCCUUACGAUUCGGGCUCUUCAUAUCGAGGUCGCCAGUUCACUUAACACGAGUUCGUGUAUUAUGGCGUUGAAUAACUUCAUUGCUCGUCGAGGAACUCCUGUUUGCUUCUAUAGCGACAGAGGGACAAAUUUUGUUGGUGCUUCCAAAGAAUUGCGUGAGGCUGUCCGUGCUUUAGAUAAACACCAGCUGUCGAAGGAGUUCACUACAGCUUCGACGUCCUGGCGUUUCAAUCCGCCAGCUACCCCCCACAUGGGUGGCAGCUGGGAGAGACUUGUCCAAUCGGUAAAGCGAAAUCUGACGGAAAUCCUCAGAAGUAGACGGCCAACAGACGAGGAGCUGCGUAGUGCAUUGACCCUGAUUGAAGGCGUACUCAACAGUCGUCCCUUGACAGAGGUUCCCGUAGAUAACGAGUCCGAACCAGCGCUCACACCCAACCAUUUCUUAUUGGGUUCAUCGGAUGGUUCGAAGCCUUUCACACUGUGUGACGACAAUGUACAAACCGUGCGUCGUGGAUGGCAGGUUUCACAGGUUAUGGCGAACGCUUUCUGGAAACGCUGGUUGCGGAACUAUUUACCUGAAAUUACCAAGAGAUCAAAAUGGUUCAAAAAGGUAAAACCUAUUUCCGUAGGGGACAUAGUGGUAAUUGUGGAUCCUGAACAUCCACGAAAUUGCUGGCCGAAAGGCAAGGUAAUUGGUACCGUGGAGAAGGGAGGUCAGGUACGCAGAGCUACGGUCCAAACAUCAAGAGGAGUUUACGAACGCCCAGCCGUUAAAUUAGCCGUCCUCGAUAUCUGGAGCGAAAGUUCGUAG